AUGGCCCCAGCAGCACGGAGCUUGCGUGCGCCAAUCGGCCCGCGCGGACUUCGGCCGCCGCCGCCGUUGCCGCUGCUGCUGCUUGGCCUGGUGGCCAUCGGGGCGGCGACAGCAGGCGCCGCGCCGGUUCCCUCUGCAAUCGUAAAAAGGCCUGCCACUGGCCCCACCAGCAUCGCCGCCCAGCAACAGCAAGGCGCGCCCCAGGCCGCAGUGGGGCCCGCCCGCCUCUUUGUGGACCGAUUCAACAUCCGCCCUAGGAGCCCCGCCGGCGGCGGCCCGCUGACCAUCGACAUCACCGUGAAGAACUUCGGCGGCGACAAGUCCCCCGCGGUCAACCUGCAGGUGUGGGUCGACCAGCCCGCCUUCCAGGCUUGCGGGGCCACCGGCGACCUGACACUGCGCGUGCCACCGAUUCCAGGGGGCGGCGAGCGGAUCAUCAAAGUGCGCAAGCUCAAGGCGCCGCAGGGCGCAGGGGAGCGCGUGCUCCGCGCCUUCGUGGACAGCGACUGCAAGCUCAACCCCAUCCCGUUCCUUACCCAGUUUGCUAACCCCUACACCGUCACUGCGGUCCCGGUGUCCAGACUCAGCCUCGCCGGGGUUGACUGGGCCAAGAACGGCAGGUACGAGGGCGUGUUCUGGUUCAACGCGGUGCUGCCGUCCAAGACCUUCGGCAUCCGGUUUGAUGUUGAGAACGAAGGCAGCCUCGAUGCCAAGGUGGGGGUCAUCAAGUUUUUCCAGGUGGCAGCGUCCCCCGGCUUCAAUUCGCUCAAUUUCUCGUGCGGCGCCACGGCCGAGUUUGCAACUUCAAAGUUCAAGUCCGUCGUGGUAAAACCGGACGGCAAGUUCAAGACCGUUGUCGUCAAGGGGCUCCGCGCACCCGCGACUCCUGGGUGGAGGACGCUGGCGGGCGCUCUCGACGCAGACUGCGGGUCGACAAAGGCCCUCACUACAGCCGACACGAUUUUCUACCAAGACUACUUGGUGCUGGCCGAGCCCCUGCCGGAAUGGCGCGUCACGACCAUCGUCACAACCAAGCCCGACAACACACUCGUUUUCAAGGUCACAAUCCAAAACGUGGGGCUCGGACCCGGCGCGCCCGGCGUCGUGUCUGUGGCCCCUGACACCACAGCUCUGCAGUCGGCGCAGGUCAGCUGCAACACAUCCUCCACCGCCGGCUUUGUGUCGGCCCCUGCGGUGACGACGCCGCUGCAGGUUGGCAAGAGCGUCACCGUCACCAUAUCAGGCGUGCCGGCGCCGGCGAAGAGCUUGCCCCCGAUUGAGCGCGAGGGCACCGUGCUCGUCGACAGCAAGUGCCAGACGGUGGAGAUAAGCGAGGCAGUCAGUGGCAGAGACCUGAACGGUCCUGCCCUCGGGCCAAACCUGUCAUACGCCAAGUACAAGAUUUGA